GGUCCCGAAUAUUCCAUACUUGCACAUACCUCUCGUUGCUGCCGACGCUUCUUUUGCGCAAAGGUUUCCUUCUGCUGAGGCUCUUCAAUGACCAUGGACAUGUAGUCAUCUUCUUCGUCCUCUUCGCCCUCUUCGUCCGGCCUUCCGCGUGCGGGGAUCUCGGAGUGAGGGGGAGGUGCCAUGACUGGCUUGAGCGUCGCUAGAAGACCGAUGGACGGGGCGCUGAUCUAGUCAACGGUCAGAUGAGUAAUGACAAUCGUACGGAGGAGAAAGAAGAAUGACGGCGUCGGUGAAGUGGGGUAAAAAAAAAAAAAGAAAGAGUUCGCGACUGCGGGGAUGAUGCCGAUCUCAAAUGCGGAGGCCGGAUUUUCCCUCUCCGGCGGCACUCUUCUCGCCCUUCUCGCUUCUCUCCAACUUUCCAACUCUCCUCUACUGCCCAACUCUCCCUCAACUCUCUUCCACUCCUGCUCUGCAGGUCACGUCCACUCCACUCGGCCAAGACUGUUAGCUGUCAAGAGUAUCGGAUCGCCCGUCAUGCGCAUCCACCCCAGAGAAGAGACACCAAUGAAGCUGCAAACAACAAUAUUGAUAUCAUACCUCAAGACUAUAAUAUCUAUUGCCUUCCCGGGGAUGUCCUAUCCUUCGCAGGCGCCCAAUCACUGCAUGCGCAAGGAGAGAGCCUUGCGUCGGCACAUUUUCUCCGCCCAUCUCAGAUUAAGAACCGAUUCCCCUCCCCCGAGGGAGCAUGGUCUAGUCGAAGCGUUCGUUCGAGCCGUCAAAGACGCAAGGUACCUCCCCGUUCGAUGUCAGUAUACGUUGUCCAGUUGCAGCUCUACAUGGGAUUGAAACAUCAAUGAUCCAAGGCUCGUUGCACAAG